AUCUCAUUUUCCAGUGUGUGAGGAGGGGGAGGAGGUACAAAGGACAAUCACAUCACCUGAGAAGAACAGGGACAUAAUACAUCCUCUGUUAAGAUCUACUUCAAGAAUGGGGCUUUUACCGAAUUUCCUCAAGUGCUGUAACAAGAAAGCCAGCAAGGACCUAGUGGAUUCACGUGUGGAAAACACAGAUGAGAACACAGAACGCGGAAACUGGUCCAGCAAGUCGGAGUACCUCCUGUCAAUGGUUGGCUAUGCUGUUGGUUUAGGAAAUGUGUGGAGAUUCCCUUACCUUACCUUUCAACAUGGAGGAGGUGCAUUUCUUAUCCCGUAUGUUAUCAUGCUGGCUCUUGCUGGGUUACCCUUAUUCUUUUUGGAAUGUUCCCUUGGACAAUUUUCCAGUUCUGGACCCGUGGCCAUGUGGAAGGUGCUUCCUCUAUUUGAAGGAGUGGGAAUUACCAUGGUCCUGAUUUCGACAAUGGUCACUAUAUAUUAUAACAUUAUCAUUGCAUACAGUUUAUAUUAUUUAUUCGCUUCAUUUACAAGUGUGUUACCGUGGUCUGAAUGCUUCGAGUGGUCUGACAGCAAAUGCAGCAAAACGCCCAAAGGAUUCUGUAACGUAACUAUACAGUCAAAUAUCUUUGAAAUGGUGAAUCUUACCUGGGUCAAGGAUAAUAAUUAUACGUGUGAUGAAAACUCCACUGAGUUUAUGGACACUGAACUUCCCAGCAAGCAAUACUGGGAAAAAGUGGCACUUCGUCAAUCAAGUGGGCUCGAUGAAACAGGGAACGUUGUCUGGUACUUGGCCCUCUGUCUUCUCUUAGCUUGGAUUAUAAUUGGUGCAGCUUUGUUUAAAGGCAUAAAGUCUUCCGGAAAGGUGGUAUACUUCACAGCCAUUUUUCCUUAUGUGGUCCUGCUGAUUCUUUUGAUCAGAGGAGCGACACUGGAAGGCGCCUACGAAGGGAUCAACUAUUAUAUUGGAACCCAGUCAGACAUUUCAAAACUUACAAGUGCAGAAGUUUGGAAGGAUGCGGCCACACAGAUUUUCUUCUCUCUGUCCACAGCAUGGGGUGGUCUAGUGGCACUUUCAUCUUACAACAAGUUCCACAAUAACUGCUAUGGGGAUGCCAUCAUAGUGUGCGUCACCAACUGCCUCACCAGUGUGUUCGCUGGCUUUGCCAUCUUCUCUAUAUUGGGGCACAUGGCAUUCAAAGCUGAGAAAGAAGUAAAGGAUGUAGUAGACUCAGGAUUUGCUCUUGCAUUUAUUGCAUACCCUGAAGCUUUGUCUCAGCUGCCUGUAGCUCCACUAUGGUCCAUUCUCUUCUUCUUUAUGCUCUUAACCUUAGGGCUUGAUUCCCAGUUCGCCUCAGUAGAAACAAUAACCACCACCAUACAUGAUGCGUACCCAAAAGUGAUGAAGAAAAUGAGGGGACUUAUCACCGUCGGUGCCUGUAUCAUGUUUUUCUUGCUUGGAAUUCUAUGCGUCACUGAGGCAGGAAUAUACUGGGUGGAUCUGAUUGACUAUUUCUGUGCCGGCUGGGGAAUACUUAUUGCUGCCAUUCUAGAAUUGGUUGGGAUCUGCUGGAUUUAUGGUGGUAACCGUUUUAUUGAAGACAUCGAAAUGAUGAUUGGAAAGAAAAAUUGGGUCUUCUGGCUCUGGUGGAGAAUUUGCUGGUUCUUUGUCACUCCUGUUCUUCUGACUGCCAUUCUGAUCUGGUCCCUGGUCACAUUCUCUUCUCCAAAGCAUGGCAAUGUUGAAUAUCCCAUCUGGGGAGUCGCCCUGGGAUGGUGCAUGAUCAUUUUCUGCAUCAUUUGGAUACCCAUACUGGCUGUAAUAAAAAUGUGUAAAUCUGAAGGAACACUUUGGCAACGUUUUCGAAGACUUUGCUCUCCAACUGCUGAAUGGGGACCUGCUUUGGAAAAAUUUCGUACCGGAAGAUACAAAGAUACUAGUGACAUUUCUAAAGUUUCCAAUGGUCUUGAGAUUCCCACAAUUGAAGGAGGCCUGGGAGGCUACGACAACAAAGCAUUUUCAUAGGAAACAAAACUUAAAAACCAAAGCAUUACCUGCACAAUGGACUGAAGGACUACCACUAGAUUUUUUUUAAAUAUAAAUUAUGGCUGUGUUAUCAGCUAUAGAGAAAUAUACAACAGAUCUCUUUGUAACAUUUUCUAAAAUACUCUGCCUUGCGUUUCAGAUGACACUUUUACAAUGCAAUGGUUUCCUACACUAGUAGUGCUCACCAUCAAAAUUAUGUCAUUUCUAGUGAACUAGCCACAAGGAGAAGCUUCUCAGACAGCAUCCUAGGGAAUAAGCAGCAGGCAGUUGAGCGCUGAUGAUGUCCAUAAAGACUCUUUCACCUUGACA